GGGUUGGAACUCCAGGUACGAUGAAUGGAUCCCACGAGGACGAAUUGCUGAUAACUUGUCCUGGACUAACAGUAACAAACCUCGGGGAGGUCCGGGUCGUCCUGCCUCCAGUCCUAGCGCCUGGAAGAAGCGCAAGGACGAGGAUAAGUCCGACCUGGAUAUCAAGACGGAGGACGAUAUGGACGACGAGGAGGAGAUGGAGAAGGAGGGGUUGAAAAGGAAGGAAGAGGAGAAGAAGAUGAAGAUAAAGAAGAGAAGAUCAGCUACUCCUAGUUCUACUCCUAGUAGUUCAAGAACUAACUCUCCUGCAGGAUCUAGACAAACUAGAUCUCCUACUAAACAAAUAUCUCCGGUCAAGGAGGAUCGGAAUAAAGAUGAACCGGAGAUUAAACCUGAACCGAAGAGAACCGAGUCCCCUGUCACCAGGAAGAACGUCUCCUCCAUCAAGCGACAGAACAGCACUAGCUCCGGAUCCAGGAGCGAGGGCAGUCUCUCAUCCCUGGCGGAGGAGGCGAAGCUUGCUGAACCCGAAGCGGAACCAGAGAAAAAACCACGAAAGCUCGGCGGAAAGAAAAAGCUUGAUCUGAAAGGAAAACUGGUGAAAAAGACGAAACUCUGUGAUGCGAAGAAACUUGGGAUUAAGAAGUUGAAGAAAGAGGAACCGACUGAACCCCAGAUAAAAUCUAAAGCAGGUAAAGAGAAAGAAGAAGAUCUUCAAGAUGAAGUGGAAGAGGAAGAUGAUGAGGAGGAUUUGGGUGACGAAGAGGAAAGGAUUCUUACAGUGAGAAAAUCCUCUAGAACUGGAAAAGCUGAAGACCAAAUCACAAGUAAGAAUAAACUAGGGUCCUUGACUCCUGAACCAACGAAGAAAGCUGAACCGUCAGACACGGACACGGUAUCAAAAGACGACUUAAAACGCAUCUCUGACUGUAAAAGUUCUCCGGUAGGACCGGACACCCCCCGGACCUCUGCCCGGCUAGAAUCAAGGCGUCCUGUCACACCGUCAUCGGAGCAGAAAACGUCCUCCAUGCGCGCGCCUACACCCUCCAAGGCGCUUUUUAGAAGUAGCGACCUCGAGGAUCCGUAUGAUUUCAAGGAGGUAGAGGAAGGAUUCUCGAGGUUUGAACCGAGCAAGGUUCUCGAGGAACCUGUGAUCAAGGUUGAGGCUGAGGAGGAGAAGAAAGAAGAGAAGAAACCAGGACGAGGACGGAAAAAGAAAAUAAUCCCGGUCGAGGUUAAAACGGAGAAGGUUGAUGAACUUGAAACCAAACCUGAAGUUAGAGUUCAGCCUAUCUCUUGUGUAGAACCUGAACCUGCUAAACCUAUCGCCGAAAUUGAUCAAGCGAAACCUUUCCCGGAAUCUGAACCUGUUCUGAAGGUUGGGUUGGAUCCACCUACUUCGGGCAUACCCUUGAAUACGGAGAAACCUGCAACCUCUGCUCGGGACAAUUCUACCUCAGAUUUAGACCCUGAUCUUCUUAUUCCCAAAAAAGAAGCUGAAACAAAAUUCAAAGUUGAAAUUAAAGAGGAGGAUAAAGUUGAGAAAAAAGAAGAAUCUGAUCGACCUAAAACUAAUUUUCCCUCGCUCAACAACAGAUUUGCCCUUUUCCCCCAUCUCGCCUCUCUUAGCGCUGCCAAACGUUCAGUUCUCGCCUCGCUGCCUGCUGUUGCCCCUGCCCUUCCUCCUGUCCUACCUCCUACACCCCCUGUCAUACCCUUCACAUCCCUUUCAGGAGCAGGCUUCUCAACCCCUAGUACUGGAUCCCUUGGACCCCUAACCAGUGCUAGUAUGAUCAGCACAAUUGUUGGAUAUGUUAUAGAGGAGAAUAUGUUGAAAGAAAGAAAGGCACAGGAGGAAAAAGAAGAAACGAAGAUUCAGCAAGUGAAGAAUACGAAAGAAGAAAGAAAUAUAAAGAACGAGGAUGGCGAAUCUAAGAAAGAAAAAGAAAGGGAGAAAGUUGAUCCAACAAAGACUGACUUAGAUGAAGAGCAACAUGAAGUUAAGAUUGAGAAGAAUGAGAGUGAGUCAGAAUCUAAAAAGUGCUCCGACUCGGAUGGCCUUUUAAAACCUAAUCUGUCUCCAAAGCACCGUAGAUCACAGGAAUCUCCCCGGAAAUCCCGACGGAAGCCUAAGAUCCGUGGUCCUCGGAACUACAAUCUCAAGUCCAGGGAGGUCGUUACAGACUCAGAUUCAGACUCUUCAGAGGACAGCUCACACUCGAGGUUGGGAUCUGCAAGUAAGCGGCGUAGAACUCAUGAUGAAGACCUUGAGUUUAGGGCGGAGCUUAAGGUUGAAGAAAAGGCGGAAGUUGACACAGAGGCGGAAGCGGAGAAGAGUUUAGUGUGCGAGGAAAUAUUUGAUAGGAGUCCUGAACGCGUUUUUGACAUGGAUGGGAAGCGAGUUGAGAAGAAAAAUCCUGAAGAUGGCAUUAAAGGGAAGCCGGAGGGCUCUAUGAAUAAGAAUGAGGAGGCCUCUAUGAUAAAGAAUGAGGGAGGGAAUAUAAUGAAGAAUGAGGGAGGAAUUGACAGGAAAGCCGAAGGGAUGAUGAGAGGGGAGCGAAGGAAGGAAAUUACUAAAAAUGUCUUACCAGUCCAUUCUCAGAAGCUGGAGGAUACUCCCAAAGGAGACCAGAGUCCUGAGUCCUCUGAGGUUGACUUAGAGAGCUUGACUGGAAGCCCGAAACGAACCGGAAGUGAUUUGGAGAGUUUAACUGGCCGAACACGUGGAGGAGCCGGAAGUGAUAUAGAAAGCCUGGGACGGGGGCGCAGGGCGGGUAGUGCGGAUUCUAGACUUGAAUAUUCAAGUUCUAGUGAAACUAGGAGUGGGCGAGGUGAACGCCGCAAAAUUCCUGCUGAAAAAUCCCCAAUUUCCUUGAAGCGGAAACGCAAAUCUCGUGAUAGCAUGGGUAGAGGGCGUGGCAAGGGACGGGGGCGGAUCCCAUCCCUCCGUCCCUCCAGGGCGGAAGAGCCAGAGGAGAUCGAGCAGCCGAUGAUUGGAACUAGAUCUCGGACCGAUCUCGAACUAUUAAAGCUUGAUCGUCUGGAUAAUGCUGCAUUAGCUGCGCUGGCUCAACCUAAACCUAACACUAACUCUAAGUACAAUUUCUACGUCAAGCUAGAACCUGAAAUGAACUCUGAAGUACGGAUUAAUGUACUGCAACGAUCUCUUGAGGAUCUGCGGAAGACGUAUCUGCAUAUAAAGACGGAGCUGACAGCUCUGGAGAGGAGAAGGAAGAAGAUGAGGAAGAAGGAGAAGGAGAGACACCAGAGAAAUAAUCAAUCUGAUCUUCCCAACCUUUAAUAAUUAAAUCUUAGUUAAAUAUUAUUUUUAAAUAUGAAGUAAUAAUCACGAACUGUUAUUUAUGUCAUAAGAAGAUAAUUAUUCAGUGAUGGUGGAUUAGAUCAAUUGCAAAAAGCUUUUUAUGUCUUAAUUAAAUCUUACAAACGAAAUCAAUUUUGAUAAAACGAUUUACUUACGGUUGGUUCCACUAAACUUGAUAAUUUAAACUGAAGUUUUUGAAUAUGCAUAAUGUGGUUCAACUAAGUCUAUGAAAAUCAACUACUUUUCAUUAUUUAUUGAAUUUGGUCUCUGGUUAAUAAUUCUAUUGUAACAUUUGAUAUCCUUAGUACAGUACAUUAUUAAGGGUUGUUUAAUUAUAUGGCAUUAUCUUUUACUGUAGGUUAUUAUAAUAAUUUGCUGUUAGUAAUGCUUAUGACUUAAAAGUAUUUUUUUGUUUUUUUUUACGAUUGUGCAUAAUUAUUACUCUACUAAUUAUAGUGAAAAAUUGUUAAUGAAAUAUUUUUUUGAUAUUAUACAUUAGGCCUGAA